CGCCGUCGUCGGUGACACCUUGCCGCCGUCUCGGGAGGUGAGCUGCUUUCUGGCCGCGCCUCCUGUCGCCUGUCGCCGCCCUCGCGGGGAGGCAGCGCUUGGCCGCGGGGGAGGGCGGGGAGGAACAGGGAGGAGGGAGGACGGGGCGCAGAGGACGAGGAAGGCGAUGGCGUGGAAGGGCGUGCGGCGCGGCCGCUGCUGCAGCGAAAAACUGGCGGGUGCCGCCGCCGCCCGAAGCGCGCGGCUGGGGCGGCGCUCGACCGAAGAGGCGCCAAGCAAGCGCGAAGGCCCUGCGAUCCGAAAAUCGAAGCGGCGCCAGGCCAGAGGGAUCCAGGGAGUCCAAGCCUCUGAGGAGGAGGAGAGGAGGAGGAGGAGGAGGAGGAGGAGGAGCAGCAGGCACGUACUCACCCGGCACCCUCCCCCGCUCUGCCCGGCCGCCAGCAGACACUGAGCCGGCGGCGCCGCCGCCCGGGCGGGCGGCGGCUGUCGGCGCCGCCCGCAGGCCAACGAGGCCUGAUCGCUACCGUCGGGGCGUGGACCUAAGGAACCCUAAACAAGGACUCCUUCCCAACGAAACGGGUUCCUUCUUCAGCGCCCCGACUGUAUGCCCACGCGGAGCUGGGAGGCAGCAGUCUCGGGCACGCCCGGACGGGAAGGGGGCGAGGGAGAGGGAACGAAGAAGAAUGACGAGGAGGGGAGAAGCAAGAGAACAACAGUGAGCCCCGAAGGCAGAGCUGCGCAGAAGCGAUCGCGCCGCCUGUACCUCACGCUGCAGAGGCCGAGGCGGCGGAGGCGGCGGCCCGGACGAAGGGUGCCACGGGCGCCUCGGGCGCCGUGACCGCCGCCGCCAUAGGCCAUCCGCCGAGGCUUCUCGGCCACCGCCGCCACUGUCGCCGCC